CCCCCGGCAGCCAGGCUCGCCUGACGCCACUCCCCGCGCAGUUCCUGGUUAAGAUGGCGUACCCAGCAGCCGCGCAGGCCGGCAGGCUUUUUCGAGACCUGGUGCUUCGGCCCCGGUUCCUGGCUCCCGGGUCCCAGGCAGUUCAGUGCACCUCCAGAAGAUGGCUCAACUUGCAGGAAUACCAGAGCAAGAAACUGAUGUCUGACAAUGGAGUGAGAGUUCAAAGAUUCUUUGUAGCAAACACUGCAAAUGAAGCUCUGGAGGCUGCUAAGAGACUAAAUGUAAAAGAGAUUGUUUUAAAAGCCCAGAUCUUAGCUGGAGGAAGAGGAAAAGGUGUCUUCAAUAGUGGUCUGAAAGGAGGUGUUCAUUUAACAAAAGACCCCAAAGUUGUGGGACAGCUGGCUAAACAGAUGAUUGGGUAUAAUCUAGCAACAAAACAAACUCCGAAAGAAGGUGUGAAAGUUAACAAGGUGAUGGUUGCUGAAGCCCUGGACAUUUCCAGAGAAACCUACUUAGCAAUUCUGAUGGACCGGGCCUACAAUGGCCCCGUGCUGGUGGGCAGCCCCCAGGGUGGUGUUGACAUUGAAGAGGUGGCUGCUUCAAAUCCAGAACUUAUUUUUAAGGAGCCAAUUGAUAUUUUUGAAGGGAUAAAGGACAGCCAAGCUCAGCGGAUGGCAGAAAAUCUGGGCUUCCUUGGGCCUUUGAAAAACCAGGUACAUAAGCCAUUGCAGGACAUUGUCUGCUUUGAUGCCAAGAUAAACUUUGAUGACAAUGCUGAAUUCCGACAAAAGGAGAUAUUUGCUAUGGAUGACAAAUCAGAGAAUGAACCCAUUGAAAAUGAAGCUGCCAGAUAUGAUCUAAAAUACAUAGGACUAGAUGGGAACAUUGCCUGCUUUGUUAAUGGUGCAGGACUGGCCAUGGCUACUUGUGACAUCAUUUUCCUAAAUGGUGGGAAGCCAGCCAACUUCUUGGAUCUGGGAGGCGGUGUAAGGGAAUCUCAAGUAUAUCAAGCAUUCAAGUUGCUCACAUCUGAUCCUAAGGUUGAAGCCAUCCUAGUCAAUAUUUUUGGUGGUAUCGUCAACUGUGCCAUCAUUGCCAAUGGAAUCACCAAAGCCUGCCGGGAACUAGAACUGAAAGUGCCUCUGGUGGUCCGCCUUGAAGGAACCAAUGUCCAAGAGGCACAGAACAUACUCAAAAACAGUGGACUCCCCAUUACCGCGGCUGUAGACCUGGAGGAUGCGGCCAAGAAGGCUGUCGCCAGUGUGGCAAAGAAGUGAUGUCUUUUGCCUGGUCCGGGGGCUGUUUUCCCAAUGGCUCCCUCACUGUGGAAAAAAAAAAAAAUGGUUCUCUCACUGGGAAAAAACAGGGGAGUGCAUAAACAAGAACCACUGUGUGAAAAUCUUAGAUCUAUAUCUUCUCAGAUAAGUUAUCUAGACAGCCUAGUCUAAUUUUACUUAUAUAGUCAUGAUAAAAAUAAUGUCCUCUAUUUGCAAGCUUUUACCAACUUUAGGAAGCAGUCUCUGGCCAAAUAAUAUGCAUAUAUACAGAAAUUUAAUUAAGGCAAGCCUUGCUUGGUUCAUUGAGAAGAAUGUUGGUGAAUAUUUAAUCCUCUAUGGUAGAAAAAAACAUGAGCCAUAAAAACCUCAAAUAGGAUUCCAUUUAACAUAUUAACUAUCAAAGGGGCAAAGCUAAGACACCAAGCAAAUAAUUAUUACACAUUGUAGCAAUUUCUAUAAGUUUCUAAUUCCAACACAUCUUUAGAAAAAUUUAUAGAUAUUCUAAAAUAUAUUUUACAGUGGAAGUUCUACAUUAAUAUACUAUACUCAUAUUUUACCAUUUGCCUUAAUAUCAAAUAUUGUUUACCUCAUACUAAAAGAACAGCCAGGAGCCUUAUUUGUGAUUUUGUAGUAGAAGGUUUCAUUUUAAGUACUGAUGAACGCUGAUUCUUAUGGACAUCUCUGUAAUUAAGUCAUUUCAAAAUGAGACAACUCUGAGAAGACUGAAUUGUGUUGAGAGUAUCAUCUCUCCUUAUUGACCUUCACCUCCAGGAUCUAUCACCUUGUGGUAGAAAAAUGAGAAAAUGUAGUUUUGAUGGGAAUGUGGCUUUUUUCCAUAAUGUCCAUUUUGUGGUGGAAAAUUUUUAAUUAGGUUUCUGUUUAAAUUUUGGUAAAAUUUUUAUCUUUAUGCAAAUUUAAAUAAAAUCCUAUGUUUUAUAAGCAUUAAGAUUUUUGUGUAUUUCUCAUUGUAGUCAGUUUUAUUCCUCAGACCAUUUUCUUAAAAUACUAGACUUAGUGCCUUAGCCAUAGCUCUAAAAUUAGAAAAUCUCAAUUGUCCCAGGAUUUUCCCGCUUCCAUUUGCCUUUAUCAGAUAAGCAUUUCUGUGGUAGACGAUGAUUCAGUGAAACAGUGAAAAUUGUAUGUAAAACAGAUGCCCGGGAAAGUAUGUCAGAGGUCUGGCCAGUGAAAGUGUGCUGUCUGCACCAUCCUAAGGCAACACACCGGUCCUCAUUCUCUCCACUUAGAGGCUUAUUUGCCACCAUUAACAAUUUCCUUCCAAUGCCCAAAUGUAUAGCUAACCAUGCUAUUUUGUUUGCCUUUUACCAUCUUACAUUGUUCUUAUAAGUUUUAUGUAUGGAAAAUUUUAAAAAGUCAUCAUUUUAUAAAUCUGUAUUUCCAUGGAGAAAUAAACCAUUGGGUAGAUCAGUCUAAUACCCUUUUUUAAAGACUA